AUGUCGCACCCGCAACAACCGCUAGGCCCAUCGCGCCAACCUACCAACUACUCGACCCAGGCGCCUUAUCCUCAGAGCAUGACAGCUUCUCCCUACGGUUACGCCCCGACGAACCAGCCAGGCGACAUGUACCGCACAACGUCGAGCCUCGAUCCAGCGCAUCACCUACCUAGCAUGCGUACGCUCGACGCUGUCCCCGCUCAGCAGCACGGCAUCCCUCCCCCCCACCGGUCCCUCGACCAUAGGUGCGACGAAACCCAUCCAACCUGCAACAACUGCCGAAAGUCGAAGCGCGAGUGUUUGGGGUACGAUCCCAUCUUCAAGCAGCAACAAGGCCAGCAACAGCGUCAGCAGCAACAGAACCAGCAGCAGCAGCAACAACAACAACCACAACAGCCGAGUCAGCCUCAACAGCAGUCCCAGCAGCCACAACAAGGCCAGCGUACGCCGCAGCAGCAGCCGCAGCAACAGCAACAGCAGCAGCAACCACAACAGCAACAGCAACAGCAGCCUACGAGCCAACAGCCUCCACUUCCAGCAUCAAUGAACUCUCACCAAUAUCGCAAUCGCACCACGCGCAGCACCUUCAGCAACCGCAGCCGAUCACCUCACAUCAACUCCAUCAGCCUCAACCUCACCAGCCUCCGCAAGGGCAACAAUCACAACACCUUGACCAAGGCCACUCGCACCAACAACACCUCCUACACCAUUCACCCCCUCAGCCGCCAGCGCCUCAAUCUCAAACCGGCAUGGGUAUACUAA